AUGGUGCUCGUGCCCGGAUCUUCUGGUGAGUCGGGAUUUCACCGUGAGUCCCUUAGUGAAGAGGAGAAAGUCAAGACUAAAUUUGGGAUGGAAGCGUUAGAGGCAAAGGGAUCGCCUACGACGCGUGAUUUUAAAGGAUCCCCGGAUUAUCAAAGUUUUGGGAGGGGCUAUGAUGACAUGAAAAUCAAAGAGGAAAAUCGAUCAAUCGAUCUGGAAGAUAAAUCUCGACCCCCUCCUAUGGCCCCUUUGGGACCACCGCGAAUCGUGCUGCAAAGCACGAUCUGCUGGGUAAAGACUAAUCAGCGAAAACUGAACAAAAACUACACAAGACCACUCAGGCAAAAAAAAUUGUCGAAGAAGAAGACUUUAAAGACAGGUCGAGUGAAGAAAGAAGAGCCCAGAUCGGAUCGACACGAUCGCAGCAAAAAAAACGAUCGUGAGACCGAUCAAGUUCGUGGAAGCGGCUCCGGAUAUGAAGAUGGAAGGCUGGCAGAUGGAUCAAUGGCGCAGGGAUCCCAUUGGAAGGCGCUCAAGUAUCUGCUAUCGAGCGACCCCGUGCUACGGAUACUGAAUUUUAAGCUUAUCGGAGAGAUACAAGGCCUGAUUUCCCGACCGAAGGUGGCGACAAACGCAGUAGAAGGGAUCAGCGCGAUCAUCCAGCUGCAACAAGAUGCUGGAUACGUCGCUGGGGCGUUCGAUGCGAACGAACUGCGGGAAUGCGAUCAGGAUCAGGUGAUCCAUACGUGUCGAUCGCUGUAUGACAAGCUAAUUCCUUUGACGGGGAAGUGCGAAUCCGCGGAUUAA